UUCUUUCAUUUUCGCUUUAAUGCAUGACUUGCUCGCUCCUGCCAGCCUCCGACGCCUCUUUGAAACUCGCCUCCCGGGUUUUGGGGUUCAGCCUUUUCUGAGUGUUGUUGGUGCAACCCGCAAAUCUAGACUCGCACCUCUGGUGGCAGAGAAUUCCAGAUCAUGGCUACUUUGGCAGUUUCCUCAAAGUGUGAGGCACAGGUGAACUCCUUCAAGAAGGACCUCGGCACCCAGGCUGAAGAACUCGUGGCAACCCAUUUUCCAGAAAAGAUUGUGGAGCUAACUAAUUUUCUGCAGAGCCCUGAACUGAAUGUUUUGGAUCUGAUUUCACUCCGUGUGGAGUUAGACAUCCCCAUUCCUGACCCCAAGAAGGACGAGGAGCGUCGUAAAAAGCGGGAAAAAGAAGAAAAAGAAAAGGGAAAAGAUGGGGAGAAAGAUGAGAAGGAGACCAAGAAAUCAGAAGAGGAGGAUAAAGCCCCACCUUGUGGCCCCGUUUGCCACAAUGAGAAAAUCACAGCCCUGCUGAACCGCGUGAAACCUGAGAUCCAGGGCACCAAGGAGAAACUAAAUGUGAUCUCCCUGUGGUUACAACUCCUGGUGCCACGGAUUGAGGAUGGCAAUAACUUUGGGGUUGCCGUCCAGGAAAAAGUCUAUGAGUUGCUGACUGCAGCUCGAACAAAGCUGGAGGCGUUUCAGACCCACAUCUCCAAGUAUUAUUCCGAACGGGGUGACGCUGUGUCAAAAGCAGCCAAGAAUCCACACGUGGGUGACUACCGCCAACUCGUGCACGAAAUCGAUGAGGCCGAAUACGCUGAAAUCAGAUUCAUGAUCAACGAGCUUCGGAACAUUUAUGCUGUAGUCUAUGAUAUUGUCCUGAAGAACUUUGAGAAAAUUAAGAAGCCUCGUGAUGAAAACAAAGGAAUGAUCUACUAAGCAACCUUAGGGACAAAGAUGGAAGAAAGAGCUCACAGCCCCCAGAAAGGGAGCUUCCUGACUCCUCCUGCCAGACAGAUUCAUUCUUUUUAGAAAUAAAGAGAUUUUAAAUUUGACAA